AUGACUCUAAUCUCACGUACCUGCUGCCACUUGGGGGUAUCCAAUUACCGGCGCAGUCGGCGUCGCCGAUGGCGAUUCUAUUGGGUUUGGCUAACGCUUCUGGCCAAAGAUCAAUGGAGCAUCAGUGCGAAAAUGGUUGGCUGGCUGGAGACACAGCGACUACUGGUCUUAUUGCUGAUGGCCCUUGGCUUUUGCCUGGGAGGUUCAAAGGAUGCGGAUGCGGAUGCCAAGUGGAUGGCUCCGCUUAAACAGUAUGGAUACACGGCCAAACAUCUGAAGAACAAGGUGGAGCACGGAGAAUUUACCACCUUCGAGCUCGGUACCCCCAAUUACCGGAUCCUUAAUCCCGAAGACGAACCGGAGUAUAUUACUGCGGAUCAACCGCAUUACCAGGAGAUGCUGAAGCGACUGACAAGUGCUCAAAGUGGAACUGAUACGAUCGAUGUGGAAAUGGCAAGUCGAAGGGAAACCGUUCGAGUGGUUCCUGAUCAGAGUUCAAACCAAAAAUCUUCUGAAAUCCAAGAAGCAGCCCAACCAAAAUCACAAAUCGAACCAAAGCGCUGGGAUAAAAUUAAGAAGCGCAGCUCCAUCCAAAGGAUGGAAACCGUGGAGCAGGAUGCAAAUGACGAGCGAAGUUUUAUUCCGGAUAUUAAGGUUUACUCCGGAGCCCAACCGUUCCAAAGUCGUGUGGCCAAUCUAAAUUAACCACAGACUAGGGCACGAUAUCCAAACUUUGCUUUGCUUAUCCUAACAUUUAUUCAUAAUUUCGGUUU